AUGGAGGUGGGGACCCUGGUCCGGAUCCCCGACGCGCCAACGGCCGCCCCCGAUCAAGCUGGCCUGUACCAGAUACCCCAGCGGGGGAAGACAGCGGUGGUGCAGGUGGGGGAUGCUGUACCGGGACCUCUGGGUGCUGCUGCAGGGGAAGAGAGAGCUUUAGAGAGAAAUCUCCUCUCUGAGCGCGAUGAUUUUCCCCUGGAGCAGUCCCAGGAUGAAACGCUCAAACAUGCGUUUGGUUCGGUCCGUUCCAUCGACGGACAGCUACUCCACCCGGACCAACCGCUCUCGUACCCCUAUUUUUGCGUGAUUAAAGAUCGGUUGUAUCGGGUGACCCAAGACGCCCAGACAAAGGAAGAUACAACCCAGUUGUUAGUGCCAAGGAGCCGCCGGGAAAUGCUUUUCCAGGCGGCUCAUUGUAAUCCGAUGGCCGGACAUUUAGGGCAACGGGCGACACUAAACCGUCUCAUGGCCCGAUUCUUCUGGCCGGGCAUUCACGAGAAUGUGCGCAGGUGGUGCGCGUCUUGUCGUGAAUGCCAGUUGGUGAAUCCACCGGCCAAUCCAAAAGCACCCUUGUGCCCCCUUCCACUGAUGCAGGUCCCCUUCGAACGAAUUGGUAUGGACCUCGUCGGGCCAUUAGAACGGUCAGCACGAGGGCAUCGUUUUGCGUUAGUCUUGGUGGAUUACGCAACACGAUAUCCGGAGGCAGUUCCGCUCCGCAACAUCUCGGCUAAGAGUGUGGCAAGCGCGCUGUUCUCAUUAAUCUCCCGGGUGGGGAUCCCUAAGGAGAUCCUCACCGAUCAAGGCACGGCGUUUAUGUCACGGACGGUUCGCGAACUGUAUGAAUUACUGGGCAUUAAAUCGAUUCGUACCAGCGUCUAUCACCCACAAACGGAUGGUCUGGUCGAACGUUUUAAUCGCACGUUAAAAACCAUGAUUCGUAAGUUCGUUCACGAAGACGCCAAAAAUUGGGACAAGUGGCUGGAACCCCUAUUGUUUGCAGUACGCGAGGUCCCCCAAGCCUCCACGGGGUUUUCCCCCUUCGAGCUUCUCUUCGGUCGUCAGCCUCGUGGGGUGUUAGACGUGCUGAGGGAGACUUGGGAGGACGGACCGUCUGCUAGUAAGAACGAAAUUCAGUAUGUCCUGGACCUGAGAACAAAACUCCACACCCUGGGGCGGCUAUCAUUGGAGAAUUUGUUACAGGCUCAGAACAGACAGAAACAGCAGUACAAUAGGGGGGCUAGACUCCGACAAUUUUCACCGGGAGAUAAAGUGCUUGUAUUACUCCCCACGUCCAGCUCGAAAUUACUUGCAAAGUGGCAAGGGCCCUUUGAGGUCACACGGCGAGUCGGGGAUCUCAACUAUGAGGUAAUUCGAACAGACAGGGGCGGGGGACGUCAGACGUACCACCUCAACCUACUAAAAAAGUGGGUUGAGGCGGAGGCAGUGAUGCUGGCGACGGUGGUGAGUGGGGAGGAGGACCUCGGGCCAGAGGCGAGGGUUAAAUCUCAGUCCUUCUCUCUGGCUCCAUCUGGUGACCAUCUCUCGCCCUCACAGCUCACUGAUAUUAAAAGGGUACAAGCGGAGUUUUCUGACGUGUUCUCGCCCCUGCCUGGUCGAACGAAUCUCAUUCAGCACCACGUUGAGACAGAUCCGGGGGUCGUUGUGCGUUGCCGUCCGUAUCGAUUACCUGAACACAAGAAGAAAACGGUUCAGGCCGAAUUAGAAACCAUGCUGGACAUGGGGGUAAUAGAAGAGUCCAACAGUGACUGGGCCAGCCCGAUAGUUUUAGUUCCAAAACCUGACGGCUCGGUUCGAUUCUGUGUGGACUAUAGAAAGGUGAACGCGGUGUCCAAAUUCGAUGCUUAUCCAAUGCCGAGGAUUGACGAAUUGCUUGAUCGGCUUGGCUCUGCUCGCUUUUAUUCGACGCUGGACUUAACAAAGGGGUAUUGGCAGAUCCCCUUAUCUCCAAUGUCCAAAGAAAAGACAGCUUUUACCACGCCGUUCGGGUUACACCAAUUCGUCACGCUUCCGUUCGGGUUGUUCGGGGCACCGGCGACUUUUCAGCGUUUGAUGGACAGAAUCCUCCGGCCGCAUGCUGCGUAUGCCGCGGCGUAUCUGGAUGACAUUAUCAUCUAUAGCAAUGAUUGGCAGCGGCAUAUGCAGUAUUUGCGUGCUGUCCUGAAAACGCUGAGAAGGGCCGGGCUCACGGCGAACCCGAAGAAGUGUGCAAUUGGGCGGGUAGAAGUAAGGUAUCUGGGCUUCCACUUGGGUCACGGGCAGGUGCGUCCCCAAAUUGAUAAGACAGCAGCGGUUGCAACCUGUCCGAGUCCUAAGACCAAAAAGGAGGUUAGACAGUUCCUGGGGCUAGCGGGAUACUAUAGACGAUUUGUGCCUAAUUAUUCGGACCUCGCUAGCCCGCUGACUGAUCUGACUAAAAAGGGCGCUCCAGAUACGGUCCAGUGGACGGAGCAGUGCCAGCAGGCUUUUACCCAGAUAAAGGCUGCUCUGUGCGGGGGACCGCUUUUACAUGCUCCUGACUUUUCUCUCCCUUUUAUCCUGCAGACAGAUGCGUCGGACAGGGGCUUGGGCGCGGUCCUGGCCCAGGAGGUGGAGGGGGAGGAACGGCCGGUGCUGUACAUCAGUCGGAAGCUCUCUAAGAGAGAGACGAUGUACAGCACCAUUGAGAAGGAGUGUUUGGCCAUCCGCUGGGCUGUCCUCACCCUCCGCUACUACCUCCUGGGACGGGAGUUCACCCUGUGUUCGGACCACGCUCCCUUGCAGUGGCUCCACCGCAUGAAAGAUACCAACGCGCGGAUCACCCGUUGGUAUCUGGCGUUACAACCUUUUAAGUUUCAGGUGGUCCACAGGCCGGGGGCGCAGAUGGCUGUGGCCGACUUCCUCUCCAGGAGGGGGAGGGGGGGGGCUGCAGGCCGGACGGUUCCCCGGCCUGAGUCGGGCGGUGGGGUGAUUGGUGUGGAGAGACGGUUAAAGCCAGCACAGUGGGAGAAGAACGAGAAGAGAGAAAGGACUGGGACUUGUACAGCGAUCGAGUGGAAAGAGUGCUGGAGGAAGCAAGGAGAGCUAAAUCAGCGUGGAAAGAGUUUGAUUGAAGUUGUGCUGUGCUGUAGCGAGACUACGGCGUGGCCUCACGAUGUGAUGGAUGGAACAAUGGUGGAGCUUCAGGAGGUGAACGAGGAAACCGGCGAGGCACUGUAA